GUCUGUCCAGGGUGCUGAAAGCAGAGGGGUGGGGGACGGACACAGCCUUGCAGCACGGAGAGUCAUGCUGGGCUCUCACGCCCCCUUGCGCGGAGCCGCCCUGCUCCUCUCCAUCAGCCUCCUGACCCAGUGCCACCUCCAGGCUGCGCCCCUGCCCCCAGGAGAGGCUGCCCACCCUGAGGAGCCCCGCAAGCCCAGCCCUGCGCCCCCCGCUAAGGAGGUGUGGGCAAGAGCCCAGCCCUCGCCCAGCCGGGACGGCGGCGAUGCCAAGGAAGAGGAAGACGAGGAGCUCUUCCAUGAUGUGGAUCCCAAGGCCUUGGCUGCAGUGCUGCUGCAGGCCCUGGGCGACGGGGGUCACGACUCUCCCGACAAGCGCUGGGCCCCUGAUGAGGAGCGCGUGCAGAGCCAGAGCCGGAGCGCCAGCCUGGGGGCAGGCUGGGUGGAGAAGGAAGAGGGGGAGAGCAGCCGGCAGGAGCUGGAGAGCCUGCAGGCCCUGCUGCGCGAGCUGCGGCCCUACAGCCCCGCGGUCAAGCGUGAGCGCGCCCCAGGGGACUCUGGCCAUGAGACGGUGCUGAAGGAGCUGGAGGAGUAUGAGCGGCUGCGGGCCAGCACCAAGCGCCGGGCCCCACCGGCCGAGCCCUGGGCUGGCGCUAGGAAGCUGAGGCAGCAGCAGAACCUGGAGCACCAGCUCUUGCAGCGGCGCUACGAGGAGCUGGCCGAGAGCCGGCGGCAGGCCGAGGAGGCCCGCAAGGCAGCUGCCGAGGAGGAGCGGCUGGCGGACAUGGCCUCUGACCUGCUGCUGCAGUACCUGCUGAAGGGCCGGGACGAGGAGGGCGAGCCAGGGCCCGAUGCCCGCGAGGAGGAAGAGGAAGAGGAGGAAGAAGAGAGGGGUUUCCGAGGCAGCAGGGCCAAGGGGAGCCCCUUGCUCUUCGAGGACGAGGAGAGCAACGUGGCAGAGGACAAGCGCUCCGACGAGGACGAUGUCAUCGACCCGAGCACUAUCGACCAACUGAUCGAGCUCUCCACCAAGCUGCACCUGCCGGCCGAGGACGUCGUCGACAUCAUCAGCGACGUGGAGAAGAAGAAGAAGGAGGCGGCGGCGGCACCCCGCUACAGCCCGCCCCAGCCCUACACUCCUUGGCGCCGCCCGAAGCCGGAUGAGCGGGACUGGAAUGAGGUGCUGCGCAGGGAUGAGCGCCCCGGUCCCAAGCAGUAUCUGGCCAAGCAGAACGACGUCUCCAACCACAUCCAGCCCAGGGCUUUCCCGCCACCGGCUUACCACCAUGGCCGCCACCUGCCGGGUCCUCUGGUGCCAAGAGACGAGGCCGCCGACAGCCGAGAGGAGGAGAUGGAGAAUUACAUUGAGCAGGUGCUGCUGGACCACUCGCAGGCAUUCCAGUGAACAUCCAAACUGGCGUGCCCCCCUCCAUGGGGAAAUGUGGCCAUCCUGAGUAUCCCGAGCAUUUCCAGUUCUGCAUGAGUCAGGAGAACACACUCCCGCUCCAUCCCCGCAAACCGCCCCAUGCAAAGGCAGAGGCCACCCUGGUCUCUCCAUCCCCAAACUUUAGGAUUGCUGGUUCCCCAUGAUUCUCCCAGCUCUUGCGCAUGAAGAAAAUGGGGGAAUGUCAGUGGAGCUUCACCAUGGUUUGUGGAAGACAUAGUCAUUGGGAACAUGUUCCCCCCACCUUUACCUUCCAGGAGCCGCCCAGAGCAGGUGACAGGAAGCCCAAGGAGAACCCAAUCUUGUCUCUUCUCCUAGUCCCCCACCACGGCUCCAGGCAAAGCCCCAUUUGUUGUUAACUCUCUGGCACCAAAGUCAGUGACCCCAGUCCCUCCUCUCCUCCUUUGGACAUCAAGAACAUCAUCAAAGCUAUCAGUAGGGCAAGAGGUGGCAGCUCCCUCACUCAACUCGGAUUAAAUCCCCACACAGCAGCCUGGGAGUCCAAAAUAUCUAGCCCAGGUCACUGAAAACAGAGCAGACUGAAUUGUCUCUAACCUUGCCAUCCACCAGGACCCUCUCUCGGUAGGAGCAAGCCAGAGAGAGUCCUGGGGAUCUCUCAUCUGGGCUGGGGCAGGGAGCGGGGGAGAGGGAGAGGCAGCCCCAUGGGUGGGUAAAAUUAGCACAGCUCUGUUCAUGUCAAAGAACUGGCAACUUGACUUCCGGAGAGCCAAUCUGAGCAUAGGACAGGAGCUUCAAACAGGUUUUGAUGCCAGAAGGACCAUUGUGGCCACCCUGUCUGAACUCCUACACAGCAAAGGCAGAGUGCAGGCACCCAGCUCAUACCUGGUGGGCAAGCUGUCUUUUUUUUCCUGAGAGAUGUCAUCUUGCAUCAUAUGGGGGCUUGUCAAUUGACCCCAGCUGAGGAGCUGAAGUUUUCCUAGUUGUCAAAAGGCCAGAACCCUUAACAAUGGUAAGAAUGCCAGAACAUGUGUAUGUGCCUAGAUCUGUCACUAGCACACGCUUUCUCUUGUAAAAUUCCACACUGACCCUUCCUGUUAUCCCAAGGGUAAGCCUUGCCCACUGGGCAUCCUCUGGAGAGGGAAUGAGGGGAGAACAGAGCGAGAUAUUCCAUACCAAACUGCCUUAUCAUGGGUUAUUUCUUCCAUCAACCGACACCUGAGCUUGAGGUUAAAUAUUGUGACUUUGCCAGUGUUACGCCCCCCAAAACAUGCCACCCUACCCACACCAGGCAUGCUGCCAUGCUGUCUCUUGCUGUGAAUUCACCACCAUCCAAAGACUGGAAUCCAUGACCUAAGGAAACCACCAGCAUUUCCAGUCAACCAACUGAUCAGUUCUAACCUGAGGCUGACUACAAAGAGGCUAAUGUUGAUGGGGAGGAGGGGGAGUGGGUGGGUUGGGGAUGGGUUUUGUACUAAGGGCGUUUGCGAGUGUAUUUCCACCUGCAUCCACUUUCUGAGUGUGAGAUUCUUGGCUUUGUGGUGUCCGGUUCCCAGUCCUGUGCUGUUUGUUUUGAUGUCCUGACCUCUCUGUUGUACUUAAUAAAACAUGUUUGGCCUGUUGUAAAUAGCACGUGGAAUUACUAGUUUUGCUAAGAAAUAAAAGCAACUAUUUUAUUAUGA